AUGUCGAAUAGAAAAGUGGAAGCUCAGCACGUGCUGGCCAGCGCGCCAACAGACAGGAACCUCUGCCGCUUCCGGGCUCUGGGUUGCCAGACUACCCACUCCAACCAGGAGGUGCUGCGGAGCUGCUUGCUCAUCAUCUUUGCCACUAAGCCCCACGUCCUGCCAGCUGUCCUGGCAGAGGUGGCCCCUGUGGUCACCACUGAGCACAUCUUGGUGUCUGUGGCUGCUGGGGUCUCUCUGAGCACCCUGGAAGAGCUGCUGCCCCCAAACUCACGGGUGCUGCGGGUCUCACCCAACCUGCCCUGCGUGAUCCAGGAGGGUGCCAUGGUGAUGGCGCGGGGCCGCCAUGCUGGGAGCAGUGAGGCCAAGCUCCUGCAGGACCUGCUGGAGGCCUGUGGGCAGUGCGAGGAGGUGCCUGAGGCCCACAUGGAUAUCCACACCGGCCUCAGUGGCAGCGGCGUGGCCUUUGUGUGCACAUUCUCUGAGGCCCUGGCUGAAGGCGCUAUCAAGAUGGGCAUGCCAAGUAGCCUGGCCCACCGCAUCACUGCCCAGACCCUGCUGGGGACGGCCAAGAUGCUGCUGCAGGAGGGGCAGCACCCGGCCCAGCUGCGGACAGAUGUGUGCACGCCGGGUGGCACCACCAUCUACGGGCUUCACGCGCUGGAGCAGGGGGGGCUGCGAGCGGCCGCCAUGAGCGCUGUGGAGGCUGCCACCAACCGGGCCAAGGAGCUCAGCAGGAAGUAGGGUCCAGGCUCUGGGUGGAAGCCACCAGCCUCCUUGCCCACUCGUGCCACUCGCAGCCCUCCCUUUGUCCUUUCCCUGAGGACUGUGGCUCUCCCUCCAUCCUGCAUGAGUGUCUCGAGCUGUUCCCACUCCCCCUGUACAGGGAAAUCAGGGAACCCCACACCAAGGGGACACUCCACCCACUCCUCAUGGGACAGAAGGCACCAUGGUGGCAGCCUGCUCCUAGUGAGCCUGCCAUAACGCGUGACAUCGGCUCUGAGGGGCCAAGAGCUGGUAUCUUGGUUGUGUGCCUGCAUGGUGAGGCAUUGGUUGAGGCUGCAGCAGAGCUGCAGGCAAGAGCAGCUGGAUGGGCGGGCACCCUGUUCCCUCCUUGGAUUCCCAAUAGCUCUGUGCAGCUGUGGCCAGGCCAGCUCUCAUCUCAGCUCUGGGGGGGACAGGGACACAUUCAGUCUGCACAAGAGACCCCUUCCUCCUGGGGCAGAGGGGCCCCCUAUAGGGAGCUAGAGCCACACCCUGCCAGCCCCUAAGAGAGCAGGUUGUGUGCUCUUCCCUCAGCCGAAGGGGCGAGGGCAGGAGCAGGAGCUAGAGCUGUACCUGUACCCCAGAGCCCACAUGGCAGAGCUGUGCUGGGUUGGGGCUGCUGCCAUGCUCAGGGCAGCACCAGAAGGGCGGUGGGCAGGUGGAAGGGCUGCUCGAUGUCUGGGAGUGGGCCCUCUCACUCAGCUGGCUGUGAGCUCCCUCCUUCCCCCCGACCCUAAACUGGCAGGUUGCCAGGUGGAGCUGGGCCCUUAUGACCCUCUGCUGGGUCAGGAGUCCUGGAGGGGCCUGUGGACCUGGCACCACCACACUGACUUGACUCCAGUAUUUCCCUUACUGGACCAACAGGUCAGGAAAGCCAGGACCUGGGGGAGUGAGGCCAUGGACUGAAGGCCGGGCUCUGGGGCCUUUGGGUGGGGAAGGCCCAGAUCAGACCAUCCGCAACUCUGCCCCCUACACAGGACACUGUCCCCAAGGCUCACCUGGGUCUCACCCCACCUUGCUUCCGCCCAGCAGCCUGGCAAGGCGGGGAGUGCUGUCAGUGUGGCUUGGUAGCAGUUCCAGCUGUGCCAUUACCAGCUGCCUGACUUUAGGCGAGUUAAUCCUGUCUAUAAAACAGGGCUAAGGGCACCUAAACAGCAGGAACGGUUCCAUCCCUCACAGCCACAGCCUCUCGUCCUCCACCCACACCCCCUCAACCCCCACACCCCAAAACCUGUAGCCUCUGCCUUCCCCCUAGUUGAGAGGUCAACCCCGUGCCCAGACCUCCCACCCCCAGCCUCCCCCAGCCUCCUCGGCAGGCAGACAAACAGGCAGGCUCUCAGUCAACCACCGCUGGGUCCGGCCCUGGCCCCGCCACUUGUCAGAAGUGUCGAUCUAAGUCGGUUUCACGCUGUGAUUUCCUCAUCUGUGAAAUGGGAAUAAAGAUACCGAGAGCACUGGG